UUCCAUAAGUCCUACAAGAUAUUCCUUUUUCCAACGCCGAGUGAAUCUUGCUAACAAUUUAUGAUGGUACCUUGCCUGUUGGACCAGGCUUCAUAUGUGCUAAGAAUUUCUGCAUGUCUAUGGUUAGAAGAUUGUGCUAAAUUUCUUCCAUUUACAAGUUGUGGCAGUGUCAAAGGAUACGAUAUUCCCCUUAAAUCAAGAUGCAUAUAGGUAAGUGGCCUUGAAUUUAUGACAGCUUCUAUUUCAACUAAAAUGGUGUUUAAUUCCUGAAAACUUAGGAAUGCGCGUCCUAUAUUCUUGAUCAAACAACGCUUCACGCUUCUAACUAAUCUCUCCCACCAACCACCUAUCCAUGGACUUUUUUCCUACAAUGAAUUUCCACCUGAGACAUUGACUUGUGAGAUGCUCGUAUAGCUUGGGGGAAUGAAAUAGUUUCUUUACUUCCUUUGACAUUGCCUUAUACGUCUUGGCAUUAUCACUCAUGAUUAAUCCAAGUACACCUCUUCUAGCACAAAACCUACGAAAGGCACGAAUAAAUGAAGGCACAUCUAAAGAUUCUAUCAACUCUAAAUGAACCGCUCUGGUCGAAGCGCAUGUGAACAAGCAUACGUAACAUUUCUCUUCAUUUUUGUCUACGCCCUUUACAUAAAGUGGACCCACAAAAUCAACUCCUGUAUUACUAAAUGGUGGACUAUCAUCUACUCUAAAUUCCGGAAGGUCUGGAGUGAUAUUACAUUUAAAUGGCAGUCCUUCAAUUCUUUUACACGGUAAGCACCUUCUUAAUAUCUUCUUGACUAUCUCUCUGCCUCUUAAUAUCCAAUAACGUUCCCUUAUAGAACUUAGCGUCUCUCCAAUGCCAUCAUGAAAUACCUUCAAGUGUGCUUCAUGCACUACAAGUUCAGAAUAGUAACAUUUUGAUGGCAAAAUAAUAGGCUUUUUUCCACAUCUGUGAAAGCUGCAUUGCCAAGUCGUGACUUGCAACAUAAUACUUGUUCCUCAUCAAUAAGCAAAUUGAGCUGAUUAAUCAAAGGUAACUUUGAAAUCCUUUUUUCACGAAGACAUUCAAUUUCCUUAGCAAAAGCCUUACCUUGAACGACUUUCAGAACAUAAUUUUCAGCCUUCUCUAUUUCUUCUGUCGUUACUUGACUACUUACCUCUGGUUCAAACUUCUUAAUUCUUGCCUUAAUGUUAGCAAUGAACCAAAAUACCCAUGCCACAGAUCUUAACAACUUUAUUCUAGACAAAAACUGAUUAAACUCUAUAGUUUCUGAAUUAGUAAACUCUGCGUCCCUCCCGUAAGACUUAUUAGAGAGUUUGAGAAACACGAUGCGACAGGUCAAGACGAGCUGGGGGAGUCUAGUAACUAGCGCGACCAUCUCAUGUUUUUCCAAUCCAGCUCGUGGAGGCCAAUUUCACAACCCAGAUUUUCGAUUUUUAUGUUGUGAGGACAACCCGGACAUUUAAAUCGCCCAUUCACGAAGAAGCUGUGAGAUGAAUUCUCAAGGACCCCACGAGGCAAAGAACCAAACGUUUGUGAACAUUGUAGUAUAAUUAAUCUACAGAUUUUAAAAACGGUUGAGUUGAGGCAAAUAGUAAAAAUAAUGUCAGGCGUUCUACUAAGCUAAUGGGCUAGCCCUAAAUGAUUUCUUUCUAAAUUUAUGCAAAAGAAGUUAUAGUGUGACAGUGCUAUUUUUUUGUUAUUCAUAUCUUAACUGAAAGUAGCUGUUCAUUUAUUUUAAGAAAUGUAUUUUACCGUUUUUCCUUAAAAUCCAACAAAAUGAAAAUUGUCAUUAAGAAAUCCAUUAUAUUCCAUGUUGCCACUAAAUUUUGAUUAUGUGUUGUUGAUUGUGGUACAAUUGUUUAUUAGUCUGAAAUUUGCAAAUAUAAAUUUAUUCAUGAUUUGGAUCAGAUAUGAGUGCUUAUUGUCUUUUUUCUAUUCUUAUGUUCUAUUAAUUAGGCCAAAAAUGACAUGGACCUUAGAGUAUGACACACUGCUCUGUAGAGAGAUCCUUGUUGAGGAGCUCUUUCAUUUUAAAAUUGGUACUUGAGAGCGUGGUCACGUUUGGGAUAAGGUGGCUACCAUUUUAAAUAAGAUAUUUGAACCACGUUUCUCUGUUGAUCAAAGAGCAGUGAGGGACCGAUUUUUGAAGCUUAAACGAGGCUUUAAAAAAAAGAUGUCAGAAGAAGAGAGUGGUAUCAGCCCACCAGAGCCAACUGAAUUGGAGCAAGCGAUUCAGGACAUUAUUGAAAGGAGGGAUGAAGCACAGAGUGAAAUGGCCAGGGCUGGUGAGAGAGUUGCAGAAAAGGAGAAAGAAACAGCUGAAUCUGUAAGAAAACGCUCUAUGGAAAGAUUGGGAGAGACAAGGGAGAGAGAGUGUCAGGAAGGUGGGAGAAAAAGAAGAAAGGCUGAUGGGGACAAAGAGGUGAUCAACUAUAUGCGAGAAAAGACUGAGAGAGAUCGGCAACUAAAAAGAGAAGAGUUUGAAUUGAGAAGAAGAGAGAUUGAGGUAAAAGAAAAGGAAAUUAAGAUAAAAGAGAAAGAGAUUGAGAUAAAAGAAAAAGAGAAGGAGAGAGAAUGGGAAGUUAAGAAGUGAGAGCUAGAAAUGAAGGAAACAAAUAAUGAGGCAAGGGCAAAUAGGGACAGGGAUAUGAUGGUCAUGUUUCAGCAGCAGCAAGGGCAAAUGCAGCAUCAGAACCAACUGCUGCUUGAUGUUGUCAAUAAGCUGUUGGACAAAUUUACUUAAAUUUUAGUCAUAUUGACACUAAAAUUGAAAUAUUUUCCUAAAUAAGCCUCUCUAGAAUCAACAUAUUAAACAAGACCUUCUGUUUAAUAAACCUUGCCACUAUUUUGCUACUAGAUUUAAAAAACACCUUUUUUACAGAUAUCAAUUUUUAAAUAUUAAGACAGCUUCUAUAUAAGCUCCAAAAGUUUAAAGGAAUCAAUUUGAUCUAAAUGUGUUGAGUUUUACAUCAUUUGUUUGUUAUCCAUGAAUUUUGUAAAGUAUCUU